AUGUUGCGUUUUGCUAAAGAGAGUGGAACUGAAUUUCCUGAAACAUUACAUUUGGCCAAUUUUAUGGGUCACCAUGAAAAAAUACACAAAGAAGUGUACAGAAAACCAGUAAUAGUUAAAGAUAUUACAGAAGUCUCACAACUGCUAGAAGCUGCACAAGGCGUGAGGGAUAAAGCAAACAAUUUAAUUGAUGAAAGCGACAGCGAUGAGGAUGAAAGUAAUAUAAACACAGAAAUUACAGAGAAUAAUGAAAUAUUUAACAAAAUUAGUUAUUUACAACAAUCAAGUGAUAGCUCAUUUUCAAGUCCAAUGUAUAAAAAACGUACAAAAAAUGAAGUGAAAGCGGUACAAAAAAAACGUAGAUCAGGAGGUAAGGAUCUAAUUUACAGUGUACAUUCGAUCAAUAAAUGCAUUUGCAACGCCUGUUAA